AUGGUGGCCCGCUCGCCCGCUCGGCACGGAGGCGGCGGCGGAGGCCGGCGCUGGCCGCGGGCGGCCGCCUGGCUGUGGUUGGCGGCGGCGCUGGGCGCCGUGUGGCCGCCCCGGGGCUCGCUGGUGCAGGGCCGGCGGCUGAUCUGCUGGCAGGCGGUGCUGCAGUGUCAGGGGGAGCCCGAGUGCAGCUACGCGUACAACCAGUACGCCGAGGCGUGCGCCCCGGUGCUCCUGCAGCAACAGCCGCCGGCGGCGGGCGGCGGGGACGGCCCGGCGGGCGCUGCAGGCGCGGCCGCCUCGUCCAGGCGGCGGUGUCCCAGCCACUGCAUCGCGGCGCUCAUCCAGCUCAACCACACCCGGCGUGGCCCGGCGCUGGAGGACUGCGACUGCGCGCAGGACGAGAACUGCCGCGCCACCAAGCGCGCCAUCGAGCCCUGCCUGCCCCGCACCAACAGCCCCGCCGGCGGCGGCCCCGGCCCCGGCGGCCCCGGCGUCAUGGGCUGCACGGAGGCGCGGCGGCGCUGCGACUGGGACAGCCGCUGCAGCCUGGCGCUGAACCGCUACAUGACCUACUGCGGGAAGCUGUUCAACGGGCUGCGCUGCACGCCCGAGUGCCGCGCCGUCAUCGAGGACAUGCUGGCCGUGCCCAAGGCCGUGCUGCUCAACGACUGCGUCUGCGACGGGCUGGAGCGGCCCAUCUGCGAGUCGGUCAAGGAGAACAUGGCCCGCCUCUGCUUCGGCGCCGACAUGGGCGGCAACGGCGCGGGCAGCAGUGGAGGCUCGGACGGCGGCCUGGAGGAGUACUACGACGAGGACUACGAGGAGGAGCCGAGCCAGAAGGGGAGGGACGACGCGGAGGACAAUGCGGGCGCCGAGCCCGGCUUCCCUGUGCAGGCAGAUAACGCCGGUCGGCCCGCCGGGGCGGCCGGGGCGCUGCUCGCCUCCAUCUUGGUGCCGCUGCUGCCGCGGCUCUAGCAGC